AUGCAGCACUUGGCCAACCAAAAGCCGCGCCGCCGCGCCGCCGUCCUUGUACCGUGGCACACCUCCACCACGGCUUGCAGAUGCCAUCCGGGCCGCGCCCCGGCCAGCCUUCCACCCACGGUGGUAUACCAUAGCCACCAAGCUCCAGCAGAUCAGGGCGCGGGGACCCUGAUCCACGGCCUCCACACAACCCGUGCAGAGGAGAAGCUAGGCCGCCAGAACCUCUGCCACCACCGCGUCCCCGGGGCCGCCGCCCCGGCCUGCCUGCGCCGGCGCGCCUCCAAGCCCGAGCAGGUCCAGAUCGGACCCCGCCGAGCCCGGAGCGGGCCCUGGCCGCGCCACCGCGGCCAGCCGCCAAGCUCGGAUGCCGGCACCUCCUGCCGCGCCACCCUAGCCCGCCGACGCCCGGCGCCGCCGGAAGAUCCGCGGCCAACCGCCGCCGAGCCCCGCCGUCACCGCACGCCACACCGGGCACGCCGGCGCGCGGCCCGAGCCGCACCGCACCCGCCGAGCCACCCCCGCCGUCGAAGCCCGGGGCCGCCGCCCCCGGCAUCCCGCGCCGCCAUGAGCCUCCGGGGCCGGCCGUCGACGCCGGCCGCCCUCCGCAUCCACCGCGAGCUCUCCUCGCGCCGCCUUCGGAGGCGGGGCCGCCGCCACCGCGACGACGUCGGCGGCAGCGGCGGAGGGGUACCGCGUGGGGGAUCUGGCCGGCGGCGCGGUUAG